AUGAGUGUCGUAGGCUUGGACUUUGGCACGCAAAAUGCUGUCAUUGCCGUCGCCAGAAACAAAGGCGUAGACGUCAUCACCAACGAAGUCUCGAACCGCGCAACACCCUCCCUCGUGAGCUUCGGCCCGAAGAGCAGAUACCUGGGCGAGUCCGCAAAGACGCAGGAAAUCUCCAACCUCAAGAACACCGUCGGCUCCCUCACGCGCCUCGCCGGGCGCUCGAUAAGCGAUCCGGAUGUCCAGGUCGAGCAGGAGUUCGUCUCCGCCCCGCUGGUGGACGUCAAUGGCACCGUCGGCGCGGAGGUCAACUACAUGGGCAAGAAGGAGAGGUUUUCCGCUUCCCAGCUGUGCGCCAUGUUCUUGACGAAAGUGCGGCAGACGGCGUCGGCGGAGCUGAAGCUGCCGGUCAAUGAUAUGGUUAUUGCGGUGCCGGCGUGGUAUACCGAUGCGCAGAGGCGGACGAUCUUGGACGCGGCGGAGAUUGCGGGGUUGAAGGUGCUGCGGUUGAUCAAUGAGACUACGGCGACGGCGCUAGGGUAUGGGAUUACGAAGUUGGAUCUGCCCGGGCCGGAGGAGAAGCCGAGGAGGACGGCAUUUGUGGACAUUGGGCACAGCAAUUACACGUGCUCGAUCUGCGAGUUUAAGAAGGGGGAGUUGAAGGUUGUGUCGACGGCGUACGAUCGCCACUUUGGUGGGAGGAACUUCGAUAAGGCGAUUGUGGAGCACUUCCGGAAAGAGUUCAAUGAGAAGAACAAGAUCGACAUCAACAACAACCCGAAGGCCAAGGUGCGUGUCGCGGCUGCCGUGGAGAAGCUGAAGAAGAUUCUGUCUGCCAACGCUGGAGCGCCGCUCAAUAUCGAGGCCUUGAUGAACGAUGUUGAUGUUCGUGGAUUCAUGAAGAGGGAGGAGCUGGAGGAACUGGUGAAGCCACUGCUCGACCGCGCUACGGUGCCACUUGAGCAGGCGCUGGCAGACGCCAAGCUCAAGCCCGAAGACAUUGACUACGUCGAGCUGGUCGGCGGUUGCACGCGGGUGCCGUCGCUCAAGAGCACCAUCCAGAAGUUCUUCGGCAAGACCCUCUCCUUCACCAUGAACGCUGACGAAGCCAUCGCCCGAGGCUGCGCAUUCAGCUGCGCUAUCCUCUCCCCCGUCUUCCGCGUGCGCGAUUUUAGCGUGCAGGACAUCGUCAAUUACCCCAUCGAGUUCACCUGGGAGAAGUCGCCCGACAUCCCAGACGAGGAUACCAGCCUUACUGUGUUCAACAGGGGCAACGUGAUGCCUUCGACCAAGAUCUUGACCUUCUACAGGAAACAGCCGUUUGAUCUGGAGGCGAAGUACCACAAACCGGAGCAGCUGCCUGGCAAGAUGAACCCGUGGAUUGGACGGUUCAGCGUCAAGGGUGUGAAGGCUGAUGGGAAGGACGACUUCAUGAUCUGCAAGUUGAAGGCGAGGCUGAAUCUGCAUGGUGUGUUGAAUGUGGAGCAGGGCUACUAUGUGGAGGACCAGGAGGUCGAGGAGCCUGUGCAGGAGGCGAAGGAUGAGAAGAAGGAGGGUGAUGUGAGUGCAACUCAACAAGUAUCCGCUUAUGUCGAGGAUGAUGACAAUCAUACGACAUGGCAGAGAGCUGCAAAGCGCCCAAAGACUGAACAAUCGCUGACAUCAAUCCAGGCCAUGGAGACCGACGAGAAGGCUAACGGUGAGGCCAAGCCACCUGCGCCCAAGAUCCGCAAGGUCAAGAAGCAGGUCCGCAAGGGCGACUUGCCGCUCUCUGCUGGCACCGCAUCCCUCGACCAGGCGAUGAAGGACAAGUACGCCGAGGAGGAAGGCCAGAUGAUCUCAGAGGACAAGCUGGUCGCCGAUACCGAGGACAAGAAGAACGAGCUCGAGUCGGAGAUCUACGCCAUGCGGAACAAGAUUGAGGAGCCGUAUGAGAGCAACGGGUAUGCCGACUUUGCCAACGAGCAGGAGAAGGAUGUUGUGAAGCAGAAGUGCGAGCAGCUUGAGGACUGGCUCUACGACGACGGCGAAGACGCCACCAAGGCCCAGUACAUCGCCAAGCUCGACGAGCUCCGCGCCUCCGCCGGCCCCAUCAUCCAGCGCUUCAACGACAAGCGCCAGGAGGAAGAGGACGCCCGACGGAAGGUUGCAGAGGAGGCCGCGGCCAAGAAGCGCGCAGAGGAGGAGGCGAAGAAGAAGGCCGAAGAGGAGAAGAAGAAGGCAGAUGAGGAGGCGAAGAAGGCUAAGGAGGCCGAGCAGAAGACGGACGCUGAGAUGACUGAUGCGCCGGCUGAUGCGGAGGCGCAGAAGGCGGAUGAUGUUGAGGAGUCGUAG